UGGAGUCAGGCGCUGGUCACGUGGCCCACAACAGCAGUCACAUGACGCUCUGGAUCGUCUCGUUCUUCACGCGGAGCAGAGCAGAGCAGAACUGAGGACGCUGGAGGAAGUCUCUAAAGAGAAACAGGAACGUCGUCUUUUGUCGAGUAGUUUCAGGACUAUUGUAGUCAGAAGUGAGCAGAGUUUCAGAGAUGUUGGCCGGUGGUUUGUUGGUGUGUUUGUUGGCAGUGUUUCCUCUCGGCUGCCGGGCUCAGUACGCCCCAGAUGAGGUGACCCACCUGCCAGGUAUGACGUUCAAACCCAACUACCGACAGUGGUCCGGACACCUGCACGCACGGCCCGGCAAGUUCCUCCACUACUGGUUUGUGACCUCUCAGAGGGACCCGGUCAAAGACCCUGUGGUGCUCUGGCUGAAUGGAGGCCCAGGCUGCAGCUCACUGGAUGGAUUCCUCUCAGAGAAUGGACCAUUUCAUGUAAAUGAUAACGGGUUCACACUGUAUGAGAACCCGUCCAGCUGGAACAAGAUUGCCAAUGUGCUGUAUCUGGAGUCUCCUGCAGGGGUGGGAUAUUCCUACUCCGAUGACCAGAAGUACUCCACCGAUGAUGACCAGGUUGCUGAUGAUAAUUACAAAGCUCUGCAGAGUUUCUUCGCCAAGUUCCCAAAUUUCACUCAAAAUGAGUUCUUCAUCUUUGGGGAAAGUUAUGGUGGGAUUUAUGUACCAACCCUCAGCCUGCGAGUUGCUACUGGAGCUGCCAAAAUCAACUUCAAGGGCUUUUCAGUGGGAAAUGGUCUCAGCAGCUUUGCUCUCAAUGACCAAACUUUGAUCUACUUUGGUUACUACCACGGCCUCUUUGGAGAAGAUUUGUGGCGUGAUCUGAACAUAAACUGCUGUGACAAGGGGAGCUGUAACUUCUACAACUCCAGUUCAGAGACGUGCAUGACGCUGGUGAAUGUGGCCUUUGGUAUUGUGUACUAUAGCGGACUUAAUGAGUACGCCCUUUACUUGGAUUGUGAGGGUGGCGGAAGAUCCUCCAGAGGCUACGAGAGGACCAUGAGUAACCUGUUUAAGAACGACAGGAAACACCCACACACACACGAGUUUUCAGCUGGAGUGUCUCUGGCUGAAGUCCCUCCCUGCAUCAACAGUACAGCUCAGAUGAACUGGCUGAACAGAGGCGACGUGAGGAAAGCUCUACACAUCCCAGAUACUCUGCCACCAUGGGACAUCUGCAGUGAUGACGUUGGAGAGCAGUACACCACCCUGUACCAAACAGUGAAGGAGGUGUACCUGAAGCUGCUCUCUCUGGGCCUGCGGGCGCUCGUCUACAACGGAGACACCGACAUGGCCUGCAACUUCCUGGGAGACCAGUGGUUUGUGGAAGACCUCGGUCUGAAGGCCACCACUAAGUACCAGAUCUGGCUUCAUGAUAACCAGGUCGCUGGUUUCUACCAACAGUUUGGAAACAUCACAUUCCUGACAGUCAAGGGUGCGGGUCACAUGGUUCCUCAGUGGGCUCCAGGUCCAGCUCUCCAUAUGUUCCAGUCUUUCAUAACAAAUGGCACCUACUGAGCCAUGAUGGAGACUGUCUCACUAAUAUACCUGCACUCAUCACUUGUUUCGAUGGUAUGUUUCUCAGGGAAGAUGAUUUUGGAGGGAAAGGGACUGUUGGGGUACAUAUUCUUCUCAUCUAUAUUGUUCAUCGGGUACCUGCAGUGAAGUGUGGUGAGUAUAUGGAGAGGGAUAUAUGUCGUUGGCUUUGUUCUGCACCACAUUGGAUUUUAAAUUAAACCAAUCAAGUGCCAGUAUUGAGGAUGUUUACAUCUAUAUUGGGCUUAUAGCGUAGGAAUUUAGACACUCUCCUCAUUUGGGGGUUUUGUGCCUUAUGUCUGGUUUUCAGUAAUUGAAAAGCACCUGCUUAGUUGGCUGCUUUGUUAUCUGACUGAUUUGGCCUGUUAAGGACAUUCUGUUUAGCCUUAAAAACUCCUUGGUGGCCUUGUUGUCUUGUUUAAGAUUGUCCUGAAACAAGUCCUUCACAAUUUACCCAAAAUAGAUGUGAAAACCCUGCAUACAGAGUCAGCGCUUUGGCCUCGGAUUCAAUUAAUGUCUAAUGUGCUGAACAAAGAGCCAAAACGGAAAUUUUCCUUCACCAUAUACUUCAACUGCAGUUUACAUGAAGGGGAUGAUGCCAUUUUCUGUGGCACUGAUGUAAAUGACGAUGCUCAAACUGAUACGAUCAAAACUGCGACUUCACUUGUAUUUGUCUCUUUAUUAAAUGUUUUGAACUGCCAGAGACAUAUGGACUGUCAGAUUUAUUCACAUGCUUUGAUUGUAGUUAAUUUAUUGAAAUAUCACAGUAUUUCCAUUAAAACUUGCCAUGAACUUCA